UGCGUCAUAUGUUGGAAAGGGCAGCUGAAAUAUUCUCACAACUCAAUGAGAGAUCCUCAUUGACAUUUGUAACCAGCUGGCAGUGUUUUUAGUCUUAAUCUGACGCUAGAAGACAACAGUCAGAUAAACUUGAAGGAUUCAGUCAGUGAGGGAUCCACAGAAGAGAUCAUCAGCAACCCUUGAACUGAACAGCUGUGAUCUCAAGCAGCAGCCUUCACGUCGCUCCCUUAAAAGAAACCAUACGUGUUUCUCUGACAGGUUUUUAUGGAGGCUGUUUUGAGCUGCAAACCAGAAGACUUGGAGGAUUACUACGGGUUGUUAGGAUGUGAUGAACUGUCAUCGACUGAACAGAUUCUUAAUGAAUACAAGAUCCGAGCCUUGGCAUGUCAUCCAGACAAACACUUGGACAACCCAAGAGCAGUGGCAGAUUUCCAAAAGCUGCAGGAAGCCAAAGAAGUUUUAUGCAAUGAAGCCAAAAGAAAAAACUAUGACCUUUGGAAAAGGAGUGGCGUUACUAUUCCAUUUCAUGAGUGGCAAGCUUUGAACGAUUCUGUAAAAACUUCAAUGCACUGGGCUGUGAGAAAUAAGAAGGAACCCAUGUUGGAGGCCUCCAAACCAGAAGCUCCAGUCGCCUCACAAGCUGGGGACGUACCAGGGAUCUCUUCAUGUGAAGAUGUGCCAUCCUCAAGUGAUUACUGCCAUCGACGUUUCCGUUUUGCUGCUGACUCACCAUCCAGCCUGCUGCAGAAGUUCAGAAAUUAUGAAAUAUAAAUACAUUCUGAAUUUAAUUUUACUUAAGUGUCUAUGUAUUGCUGUUGUCAUGUAUACACUUCGGUCCUUGUUAAAGGUGGAGUCUGUGAUUCAGGAGAAAGAUCUUGCAUAUCAAUGCCUUUCCCCCGUCCUAUACACGAGGACAAACUUGCACAAGCUCAGCCGUGCACAAGGUAUGAGGGAAUUGUGUUGUGUGGAUAGGUAACACUAACACAGAACGAACAGUUAACAGUCAAUGAAGAGAUAUUCACUAAAUCUGACAAAAAAAGUAUGUUGGAUUAGUAUCACCAACUCAGCCUGUAACUGUAGCAGCAAUUUUUGUGUAUAUGUCCUGUAACUCGACUGAAUCUCGUGGAAAUAGUGAGCUGUUGUGAAUGUGUCUGUUGCAAGUGUGAUAAAGUAAGUUCUGUGAAUAAUUUAUGAUGCUGUUAAUUUUGCUUUGCUGUGAUGUGUUUAUGUCCACUAAUGCACAUGGACAAAGACAUUAUGCGUGAUUUCUUGAGGACCUUUAAUGCUGUAAUGUGUUUUUCCUUGUUGCUGAUGUUGGGAACAUAAAACUGAAACAUGCCAUGUUCACUAUUUUGAUUUAUUUUUUUUUGCAUUUAAUACUAUGCCAUGCUGAUUCUUUAAAUUGGACCAUUAUUUUUCAUUUUGCACAGAUGUGAUGGAGUUUUAUCAGAAGUCAUUCAAACCAUCCAGUCAAUCGGCAAAUACUGUACAACAUUUUACUGUGUGGAAAUAACAAAUUAUUUCUUUUACUUUGAAUACAACUUGCAUUGCGAUUCACAAUAUAAGGUUACUUGUUUUAAGUAAUUAUUAUUAUAAAUGAGUAAGCUGUUUCACCUUAGGGCUGCACAGUGGCGUAGUGGUUAGCACUUUCGCCUUGCAGCGAGAAGAUCCCUGGUUCGCGUCCCGGCUUUCCCGGGAUCUUUCUGCAUGGAGUUUGCAUGUUCUCCCUGUGCAUGCGUGGGUUUUCUCCGGGUACUCCGGCUUCCUCCCACAGACCAAAAAUAUGCUGAGGUUAAUUGAUUAUUCUAAAUUGCCCGUAGGUCUGAAUGUGAGAGUGCUUGUUUGUCUUUGUAUGUGGCCCUGUGACAGACUGGAGACCUGUCUAGGGUGUCCCCUGCCUUCGCCCGAGUCAGCUGGGAUAGGCUCCAGCCCCCCCCGCGACCCUAGUGAGGAAUAAGCGGUGUAUAGAUAAUGGAUGGAUGGAUGUUUCACCUUAAUGGCAGAUGCCAUAUUGUUUAACCACAACAAACUUUUGUUGUAACUGUUUGCUAUUAACUGUUACCAAAUUUUAUUUACCAAAUCAUAUGAAAUGCAGACAUUGUUCCAAAUAUUUAAAUAAAACAUACCAGUGAAAAUGG